CAACACAGUAUAGUAAAAUUUUAUAAUGUUGACUUUUUAUACCCUUUAUAGUAUUUUACAGUUAAAAUUGAUUGUACUGUAACACAUGUACUAUAGUGACACCUGCUGGACAUUAUAUAUAAAUGCAACUAGUCCGUUUGUUACCGCCUACACUUACCAUUGGUCAGCGUGAGGAAUAUUCGUUUCUGAUUGGUCACAUUAUUUUCCUCAGGAGCAAUCGUUGCUUAGGUUUACAGAGGUUUCAUUUCCGGGAAAAUGAAAGACUGUUUACAAGUAACCUGCAUCACGUUUAGCCCCUGAGUGAUUAUAUUUAAAAAAAACUUCACACUCAGCGAGAAUAAAAAUAGUCAAACUCACAACCAGACAUUGUUUGGACACGGGGAUGGUUUAUUUGGCGGUCAAUAUGGCGAGGUCCAUGACGUCUUUACGACAGCUGUGCAUGGCAUCAUGGAGGGGGGGUCUGCUCACCUGGAACGUUCGCAGCUCAACUGUUGGACCAGAUUCACCAACGGGCCCAUCGGACAGCAGCGACCCACCCCCUGGUGACAGUGCUUGUCGGGCUGAGCAGGGUCCCCCCGCACCCCCCACCUACUGCUGCAUGAGCGGCUGUCAUAACUGCGUGUGGAUAGAACACGCCGAGCAGCUGCUGGCCUACUACAACGACGGCGGCGAGCGUGCGUUGGCUGCUGUGGAGGAGAACGUUCUGGACGACAACCUGAAGACUUACUUGAAGAUGGAGAUAAGGCUCUUGAAGAAGACCUGAUGUCAGUGCUGAAUCCUGACACCAAGAGCUGCCUCCACCAGGCCUGAUCCUGAAGGAUGGUUUACUCCUCAUGAUGCUUGAACGUUGAUGAGACUGAAUAUCACUUUUAUUUUCACUUGCACUUUGAAGUUGUUGGAG